UCGGGCCUACCUGUGUAACUGCUCUGCCCAACUGCUCUAGGCACUACUGGUCGCAACAUGAGCUCUACUGCCAACAGUACUCCUCCGCCCCCGGGUGUCUAUGUUCCUGCUGUUAUCUUCUUCGAUGAGGAUGAGGAACUUGACCUUCCUGCCAUCAAAGCCCAUGUUCUCCGUCUCGCCAAGGGCGGCGUCACAGGCAUUCUGGUGCAGGGCAGCAAUGGCGAGGCCCAACACCUCUCGCACGACGAGCGUUCGCUCACGAUUCGCUCCGCGCGCGAGACACUGAACGAGAACGGGUUCGAGAACGUGCUCGUCAUCGCCGGCACCGGCGGGCAAUCCACGAAAGAGACCAAGAAGCUCUGCGCGGACGCGAAGGCAGCGGGCGCGAGCCACGCGCUCGUGCUCACCCCGGGUGUUUGGCCGCCACAGAUGACGAAAGAGCGUAUCCUGAAGUUUCACAGAGACGUGGCGGACGCUUCGCCCAUCCCUACGAUGGUCUACAACUUCCCCGUUGUGACCGCGGGCCUCAAUCUCGACUCGGACAUCAUCGGCGAGCUCGGACUUCACCCGAACAUCGUUGGCGUGAAGCUCUCCUGCGCCGACGUCGGCAAGCUGCACCGACUCACCUCCACGCUCCCCGCGUCCAAGUUCGCGACCUUCCCCGGAUCCUCCGCCGUCUUCUUGCAGGGCCUCCUCUCCGGCAGCGCAGGCGUGAUCGGAGCCCUACCGAACGUUGCGCCCAAGGCCCACGCCGAGCUAUACAAGCUCUGGAAAGCCGACAAGCUGGAGGAGGCGGAGAAGCUGCAGGCGCUGUUGGGCCAGGCGGACUGGGAGCUGCAGAAGCUGGGGAGCAUUGCAGGGAUCAAGGCGAUCGUCUCCAAGCACUUCGGAUACGGGAACACGAAUGUUCGGGCGCCGCUGACGCCCCGGGACCUGGAGGCGGCGGGCGCGGCUGCAUCUGCGAAGCUGGAAGAGCUGAUCGCGCUUGAGAAGAGUUUGUAAACCGCCUGUCGUGCCGUUCGCGCCAGGUGGGUGGCGGGCGGUGUUGGGUUUGGGGCAGUCAAAGCGUAUGUACAGUAACUAGGUAGACAGCUAUGUCCAGAAUACAGAGAAUUAUGCAAUGGGAUACGGAUAGCGAACGACAAGAUAGCGAGGCCCGCGCAGAUCAGAGCUUCGCCUUCGUCUUCGCAGCCUUCAGGAUGCCGUCGAGCUUCGUGGCGAACAUCAUGUUGCCCUUCGUCUUGAGCUUGCCGGUCAUGAACGCCUUCUGGCCGUCGAGCUUGCCCUCCGCGAGCUGCUGGAAGGUGUCGUCCGAGAGGAGGAUGGUCACGUUCGCCUUCUGCUUAGGGGCGCCCUUGUAGACGGUGCCCGUCUGCUUGAGGUCGAUCGUCCAGACGCCCUCCACGCCCUCUGCGUUCUUCACGCGCAUCUCGAAGACGCCGUUCACUUUCUUGAUCUGCGACUUCUUCUCCUCGUCGCUGUAGCUCUCGAACACCUGCGCGAGGGCCGCGAGGAUCUCGGAGGACUUGAACCCUUCAAUCUUGAUGUCAGACAUGGCGGCUUUUGGCGGUGUGGCGGGCGUUCAGACGGGCGGGUUGGCCGGGCACAGCAGAAGAGGUGGUGCGGUUAUAUAGCAGGUGGUGAGCGC